GGUGGCUCAUUACAUUAUCUGGCAACCGGAGUGGCAGCGGACAGAAGAGAGGGGAUCCCCGGGAUUUUUACGCCAAAGCCAGCGAAAUACUGUCACCAAACAACUGGAAAUCGUGGGGGAACUCGAUCAAGCUCCUCCUAGACUUUGGUGAGAGUAGCCAUGUCAGAGGAGGCAGUGCGUCAAACGCGCAGCCAGAAGCGGGCUCUGGAGAGGGACCAUGCAGCUCUCGCUGGGCCCCUUGGGGACAUGGACAAUAAACGGGUGAAGCUGGAGAGAGGUGAUGCAGCUGGGGCUCCGUUGGCACUGGUGGGAUCUGGAGCUGAUGGUGUCAAGCUGAAGAGCGAGCAGGCGGCUAAAGUAGCGGCCAGCAUCCUAAAGGCUGGGGAAGUGAAGGCUACCAUCAAGUUGGAGGUGCAAACUGGAGAUGAACCUGUUGACAUGAGUACAUCUAAAAGUGACAUUAAGAAAGAGCGGCAGCCACCUUCGCCAGAUGAUGUAAUUGUGUUAUCAGACAAUGAGCCAUCCAGUCCUGUCAUGAAUGGCCACUGCUUCACAAAGACUGACACGGAUAAACUGAUGAAAUGUUCACCUGAGGAAAGAGAUCGGAUAAUAAAACAGCUGAAGGAGGAGCUGAGACUCCAAGAAGCCAAACUGGUGCUCCUCAAAAAACUACGACAAAGCCAGAUCCAAAAGGAAAGCACUGUACAGAAGCAGCAGGCAACAGGCUCUGUGGCUACUCCUCCACCUCUAGUGAGAGGUAGUAUAACAUCCAGUAAAGGACCCAUUCAGGUGACUGGUCGUAGCUCAGGCACGGUGAUCCCUCCUCCCUUGGUGCGAGGUGGGCAGCACAUCCCGUCCAAACACAAUUCUCAGAUGCCACCUCUGGUCAGAGCAGCCCAGCCUAUUGCAGUAACUCCCCAGCAGAUAGCCAGUCUGCGUCAGCAACAGCAGCAUCACAGCGGUUCAGGCCCUCCUCCACUCUUGUUGGCUCCCAGGACUUCUGUCCCCAAUGUCCAGGUCCAGGGCCAGAGGAUUAUUCAACAGGGACUCAUUCGGGUGGCUAAUGUAGCCAACAACAAUGUGAUGGUCAGCAUCCCACAGGCUUCUCCAACUAGCUUAAAGAACUCCUCAGUGUCACCCAACUCGAGUGUCAACGAUUCUCCAGCCAGCAGGCAGGCAGCUGCUAAACUAGCACUGCGUAAACAGUUGGAGAAGACACUGUUGGAGAUACCGCCACCUAAACCUCCUGCUCCUGAGUUCAACUUCCUGCCUUCUGCCGCUAAUAAUGAGUUCAUCUACUUGUUGGGUUUGGAGGAGGUGGUGCAAAAACUUCUGGAGAUGCAUGGCAGGGGUAAUCUGGGCCCAGCUACUGCAAUGGCCAGCGCCAAUCCUAAAGAGCCAUAUACCUGUGCCCAGUGCAAGACGGACUUUACGUCCCGUUGGAGAAAGGAGAAGGCUGGGACCAUCCUUUGUGACCAGUGCAUGUCAUCCAACCAGAAGAAGGCCCUGAAGGCUGAGCACACCAAUCGUCUGAAAGCAGCCUUUGUUAAGGCACUCCAACAGGAGCAGGAGAUUGAGCAGCGUAUUCUCCAGCAGGCAGCCUCCUCUUCUUCCACGGCCUCCUCUGGAUCUAAAACCAUCUCGUCGUCACCCUCACUGUCUAAGAGUGAGGUUCUGGUGUCCCAGCAGUACAAGCAGGUCCGCGCUGCCAUGCAUCACAGACCUGUGUCUGCUCACCACUCCAUCAAGCAGAGUCAGCUGUCACACAGCAUCCAGUCUGCAGUGAGCUCUCGUGGGGUGGCCCAUUCUUUUACCUCCACCCAGCUGCAGAAUGCAGUGACAGCAGCUGCAAUGGCCAGUAGGGCAGAUAAGCAUGCUGCAGCCCGCUCCCUGCAGCAUGGGGCAAAGGUCAGCGCUGGCAGCAGUAACCAAGGCAACAUGGUGGGCUGGAGGAAGCAGAGCAGUGGAAACACAGGUGUGACUAUGGCCUAUGUGAAUCCCAGCUUGGCUGCUCAUAAGACCACCUCUGCUGUUGAGCGUCAGCGGGAAUAUCUGCUGGACAUGAUUCCCUCCCGUUCUAUCUCCCAAGCUGCAAACACAUGGAAAUAAUGCAAUCUUCCUCCCAAAUGACAUCAUAACUAUUAGCCCUCUUAAUAUCAAUAACAGCCAUUCUCAUUAUUGUUCUAAUCUUUUCUAUCGACUCUGCCUCUGGCCCAAAUGGCCGCCAGAGGAGAAUAAGCAUUUUUCUUGUUGGAUUGAGGUGUUUUUACACCCCUUUCCCAUCUUCUUCUGCUACCUUCUUAUUUGAAUCCUUUCCAAGUUGGAGUUGUGCUGUAACAGCUUCAGGGAUACAAGGAAUAUGUCAAAUAGAUUUUGGGUACCUUUGGUGAGGGUUGGAGGUUGACAUAGGUGCGUACAAUUUCUCUAACAUCUGCAGCGAUGAUGUCUCCCUCUCUGUUUAUUGUUUGAACGUCCCAGUUGCACCAAGAGGAAGUUGCUACAAAAUCCCUGAGCUCCCCCGCCUCUGGAUUAGGCAGGGAGAAGUAAUAUACAUUGUUCUAUACAAGAUAUUCGCCUUACGUCCUGCCCUGUCCAGUGUGAGCCAUUCAAACUUGGGCCCACAUGGUGGCCCAACAGAACUUAACUGAAGACCUCAUCAGAGGGAUUGUUGAGCUUCGAGGACCAUCCGUGAAAUAACUGCUUCAGCUUUGCAAAAAUUAAUAAGAUAAAAAAAAAGGACUUUUAAAAAGAAAAAAAAAUCUCUAUCUGCACACAGACUGCCUCUUCUCUCCAACCUACAGUGUGUAUAGUAGAGAAGUUGAAGUGUGUUGGAUUAUUUUGUAUGGCUGAAUGUUAGGAUUUUGUCUUUUCUUUAAGUCAUAUACUGUGUUUGGAAUAUUGUGCUCCCUGACACUUUGGAAGUGACCUCUUGUCGAGGUCUGAAUUUACAGGCUAAUGUUACUGUUGAGGUGGUUUUACAUCUGCUGGGUUCCAUGUUGUGGCCUGCGUUUAAAUACUUUAUUGCUAAGAUGAAGCAGAAGAAUAAAGAACACGGUUUCACUGACUCAUGUAAAAACACGGAGCAUAUGUUCGGAGGACUAUUCUUAAUGAAUAUUGUAAAAUAAACCUUCCAAAGAACUAGUGGAGCCCAAAUGGAAUCCCUUCUGCUAGAAGGUUUCUAGUUUAUUUGAACCCUCUCUGGAUAUGAACAUGAAUUCAUGCUAAACUGAGUGGGUGUAAGGAAUGUCAAAUUUUUGACAUCGUUUUGCUUUUAGUCAUAGGUUGUGGUGCAUUGUUUUUUUUUUGUUGUUUUUGUUUGUUUUUCCUCUAUAGACAAACUGAAUUUAUUUAUAGGGUUAGUAAAGACAUAUGCUUAUGCCCUACGUUGGAUAUCCACUUAAUUCUUUUUUUCUUACGUGUCAAAUGGCUCCCACACAACCUACAAUUGGUCUGAGACAAGCUGGACAGCUUUCAGAAUGUAGUUAUGCAACAAAACAGGCAAGAAAAAAAAAAAAGACAAAAGCCCCGAAGCAACAAAUGACAUGAACUUCUUUGUCUAUAACUUUAAGGUGUGUUUGAUUUAUGUCAGGUCAUUAAAUUGAGCUAACUCUGCCUUUCACUUGUGCAUUUUUAUCAGGUUGCAGCAGCACAGGAUAAGCUACAGAAGUACAAAGUGUCCCACAGUUUAAACAGCAAAAUUCAUCACUCAUGGACUUCAGUCUUUUAAACUUAGUUGUGUUGUCUUCUUUCACUUGGUCACUGGAGUGGUCUGGUUGCAUCAAAUGUACCACCCAGCAAUGGCUUUACAUUUGUUUGCCCUUCUUGGAAAAUGUUGCUUGGUAUUGAUGCAUUAAAUUUAGUUUUUUUUUUAAAAUGGGCAAUCUUGCAAACUGUAGCUUACAUUUAAAAAAAAAAAAAGAAAAACUUCAACCAGACAUGGCUCGCCAUCCCAAGCAUUUUUAAAAAAAAUAUAUAUGUAACAUAUUUUCUGCUGUGUCGCUUCAUUUUGUUUUUCAUUCUCACUUUAAAAUAUUAUGUGAUCACUUAUAAUAAACCCAGUGUCUUGCUGCCCUUUUACCUCACUCCAGGUUUCAUUGCACCCUGGAUGUGACCCAACACAUUUUUUUUUCUUUUCUUUUUAAGAAUUUGUCUGUCCUUGCUAUAUUUUUAAACUCACAGAUAUGUCAGAUGUCAUGCAUUAACAUGGUGCACCGCAUUAUGCAAACUGGCUUCAAAUGAAGUUUAUCCCUAUGAGCUGGGGUAUCGUCACUGAAAGCCUGGGUUUAAUUUAGGAUGAAAACUGCUAAUAGACAUACAAGCAUACAGAGUAGAAACUGAAAUUUUUUGUGUCAGCGUAGCAUCAAAAAUUUUCCAGGUUGUGUUUACAUUCCUGACUGGCAAAAAGUAGCGGUCUGUGUUUUAUGGAAGCAAAAAACAAACAAAAAAAAAAAAUAACAGAAAGAAAAAAGCAAUCUGGGAUUAGCCAAUCUGUUUAGUUCCCUGCUAAGUGUAACCCUGUGCUGUCCUGACUACUGCCUGCUGCUGCUGUUUGGCAAAAAUAUCACCAUUCCGUUUGUUUGGGGUCGAUGCGCUGCUAAAUGUAGUGCAGCAAGGAUGGACAACGAUGUAUUGUUUUUUUUUGGGAUUUUUUUUCCUGCUCUAUCGAAUAAUAAAACAACUAAUUUUAA